UCGUGUAGAUGAUCCUUUAGUGCUAGCAGGCUUGGCCAAUGGAAAGGUAGCUUUGUAUCCCAUUUCGGAGAUUUUACAGGAACCAACCAUGGACCCAAUAGAAAUGAAACUUGGUGAAGCACAUGAGCCAGUUCGAUGUAUCAUGCGCAGUGGUUCUGAUCGUAAGGUCAUUGCAUCAUGUGGAACAAAGGUCGUCGUCCUGGAUACCAGAAUCUGUGUGGCAGUAGAGAAUAUUUUUGAUACAGUUGAAGGAAGCAACCCAGCCUCAGCUCCGAUCACCUCCAUGGCGUGUGGUCGUCAGCUGUUCCUUGCCCAUCGUGGCAGCGACGUGCUUGAAGCCUGGGAUGUUGCACGGACCAGGAAGAAAAUCUCUCUCAAUAUCAGUGACACUUUCAAACUGCCAGUGAAAGAUGCUCGUAUCACCUCUCUGGUGCUCCAUGAGCAGAAGACUUUGUGGGUGGGCACCGGCGGUGGCCACAUGGCUUUGAUUGAUGUCACCAGCUGGGCUCCAAUCAUUUGUACUCACAGGCACACUGGCUCUAUCAGGUCUCUUCUCACUGUCAAACUCAAGAGUACAGCCAGAUAUGGUGCUAAUUCUGGAACCUCUGUGGCAGAAGAAGAGGAGAAGACAAAUGAGAAAAGGUACAAGACUUACAUUCAGUAUGGGUGCAUUGGAGUCUGGGAUGCUGAUUUUCCUCAGACAUUCAAACAGCUUUCUGACUGGUCCAAGAAAAGGAAGGAGCUGUGUGAAACGUCUCGUAGACUAACCUUAUAA